AUGAACGAGGAAGAGGAAUUAUCCCAAUUCUCAAAUCCUUUUUUCAACAAAGAUGGAAUUGCCAUCUACCCAAACAGCAAAAAUGGUUAUUGGCUUUCCAAUCCCAACGCCAAUACUUCCUUGCCGAACGACCUUGAUUUCACCAAUGACCUCCUAACGCAUAUGGAGGAUUUACUCUGCAUCGACUCAAGUCGAGUCUACUCAGCUGGCAAGUCAAAUGGGGGCGGUUUCACCGCUGUCGUUGCCUGCAAUGCCACAGUUGGCAGCCGGUUCGCUGCGUUCGCAUCAGUCAGUGGCGCUUACUAUGACACAAACAACAUCCCCGGCGUCGGGCCUUGCAAACCUGCUAAGCGCGAGGAGGGUUACCCUUUUAUCGAAUUUCAUGGCACUGGAGAUACAACAGCACCCAUUGAUGGCAAUACGAAAAGCAACCCAAAGCUACCUGUGAUCGAUUUCCUCAAAGGCUGGGCCGAACGAAAUGGGUGUGGGAAGAAUGCCAAGUGGACAAGGAAUGUGACUGUCAUAGAGGACCCGCUACUCAGGCAUGCGAGCUGGGACUGUGCCGGCAAACGUGGUAUUGUUCAGCAUUACCGCGAGAGUGGAAAUGGCCACUGUUGGCCUAGUACGGUGGGUAAUGAUGACUAUGAGGAUCAUCCUUUACAAUGCCCUGCCGGCAAAUCUGCAUUUAAUGCCACUGAGUAUAUAUUCGAAUUUUUUAGAGGGUAUCGUUUAAAAGUCUAG